GGUCCCGGUCCCCGUUCCUCCGCCGCCAGCCCGGCCAUGCCGUUCCCCGCCGCGCUGCUCUUGUUGGCACUGCUGCUGCCGCCGCCGCCGCUCUCCCGCGCCGCCGAGAGCGAAACCGAAACCGGCGCCCGGGAGCUACGGCUGGAAACGAUCGUGCCCCCACCGGAGGGCUGCACGGAGCUGUCGGCGCUGGGAGACACGGUGCACAUCCACUACACGGGCAGCCUGGAGGAUGGCCGGAUCAUCGACUCCUCACUGAGCCGGGACCCUCUGCAGGUGGAGCUGGGCAAGCACCAAGUCAUUCCUGGUCUGGAGCAGAGUCUGCUGGACAUGUGUGUGGGGGAGAAGCGCAGAGCCAUCAUUCCCCCUCACUUAGCCUAUGGCAAGCGGGGCUCACCCCCAACCAUCCCAGGUGACGCUGUGCUGCGCUUCGAGGUGGAGCUGGUGGGGUUGUCCCGGGCCAGUUACUGGCAGAAGGUGGUGAACGAGGUGGUGCCACUGCUGUGCCUGGGGCUGGUGCCAGCACUGCUGGGGCUCAUUGGGUUCCACCUGUACCGCAAGGCCAGCAGCCCCAAGCUCUCCAAGAAAAAGCAGAAGGAGGAGAAGAGGAACAAAGCCAAAAAGAAAUAAAACCUUCCCCUCAGCA